AUGUACAUCACUCACUCCGAGUGGAGCAACGAGUUCUCGGAGGGCGGUAUGAUCUUUGGAGGCGCAGGAGGACGCAGGAACACCCAGAUCUUCCGCCGGUUGCCCUUCGACUGCUGCUCGCUCUCACUCCAACCCUUUGAGCACCCCGUCUGCACCGAAGACGGGAUCAUCUUUGACCUUGUUAACAUUGUCCCAUACCUGAAAAAGUUUGGAACGAACCCUGCGACAGGAGAGAAACUCGAUCCCAAGACACUGAUCAAACUUAACUUUUUCAAAAAUGCCAACGAUGAAUACCACUGCCCGAUCACCCUGAGAGUGUUCAACGAAAAUACCCAUAUUGUCGCCAUCAAAACUUCAGGAAACGUCUAUGCAUUCGAGGCUGUGGAGCGACUCAACAUCAAGGCAAAGUUCUGGAAGGAUCUCAUGACAGACGAGUCAUUCUCGCGAAAGGAUAUCAUUACCAUCCAGGAUCCUCACAAUCAGAAGAACUUGGCUGAUUUCCACUACGUCAAAAAUGACCUUGCAGCAUUGAAUGAAGAGAAGGAAAAGAAGAAGCGGGAUCCGAUGAACAAUAUCAACCAGCAGGGGUCAACAGGCAAGAUUCUUUCGCAGCUCAACAUGGAAAAGAUCGAAAAGGCGGCGGUCGAAAAGAAAAAGAAGGAGGAGGCAACCAAGGCUGUGGGAGGCACUGCCAACAAGGCGAUGGAUGCCAUGGCGAACAAACCGGCAUUGGCUUACAACGCAGCAUCGUAUACUACUGGACGCGCAAGUGCCUCGUUGACCUCAACCGCCGUCAGCGUAUCGACCACCAACGAACGCGCCCUGAUGAGUCAUGAGGAGUACAUGUUUCCCUUGAUCAAGGCCAAAGGAUACGGAAGCAUCAUCACCAACUUUGGAAAAAUUAACAUUGAGCUCUUCUGCGACCAGACGCCAAGGACGUGCUACAACUUUAUUAUGCUGGCCAAGUCGGGAUACUACAAGGAUGUCAAGUUCCAUCGCAAGAUCAAGAACUUUAUGCUUCAAGGAGGUGACCCCACAGGCACCGGACGCGGAGGCGAAUCAUACUGGAAGGAGAACUUCAAGGACGAGAUCAGGGCCAAGCUUUCCCACAACGCUCGAGGAAUGCUCAGCAUGGCGAACAAGGGACCUGGUACCAACUCUUCUCAAUUCUUUAUCACAUUCAAGCCAUGCACGCAUUUGGACGGAAAGCACACAGUCUUUGGAAAGGUUGUAGGCGGUAUGGACGUACUGGACAAGCUCGAGCUAGUUCCAACAAACGAAGACACCGAUGUCCCAAUCUCACCACCGGGCAUUAUCAUGCAAGAUGUCAGCAUUUUUGUCGACCCAUAUCAAACUUUCACCGAGAGACUGGAACGCAAGCGCAAGUAUGAAGAGGAGGCUAAAUCGAACCCUAUCAAGAAGGAGAACCCGCUGGAUCACUCGACUUGGUUCGGACCUACGAUUAAACGCGACGUUGAGGGAGGUGGAACUGUUGGAGGCGGUGUGGGCAAGUAUCUCGCGGCCGCCACAGCUGUUGCAGAGUCGUCGAGUAAGGAUCCUAAAUCGAAAGCAGAUGGGGCGGACGACGCGUCAGCAGCCCCAGAACCUCCCAAGAAGAAGAAGACUGUCUCGCGUGGUUUUGGCGAUUUUAAUUCUUGGUAA